AUGAUAGCACGCGGAUCGAUUAUCUAUAGGUUUCUCGUCGCAAUGAACGAAGAAACACGUAGUUCGUCAACCAAAGAAGUGCAUUUGGAGACGGUGGCACGAAAAAUGAAUGUUGAAAAACGUCGAAUUUACGAUAUAGUGAAUGUCAUGGAAGCGUUGGAUGCGAUGAGUAAGACUAACAAGUCCUACUACAGAUGGCAUGGACUGGAGGGCCUACCGAAACUUAUGGCCGAUCUUCAGAAGGAAGCUAUCGAAGAACAUCUGCCGGAGCGAGUACUUCGUGUUGAGCAGGCCAUGUGCUCAUUCACAGAGCUCUCACCGGGCAGUCGGAAAAUGGGUGUCAAAGAGAUCGUUGGUGAGUUCGGUAUCGUCCAGAUUCGUUGA